GAAACCGCAAGGGAAGGUCGGCUCAGCCUUGCUUGAUGUAAACAACCAUCGCCCCCGCUUCCGCCCUGUUCUCGCGGGAGUUCGGCUACGGCCGGGCCCGAGACCCCCAGCUCUGCCGGAAGGAACCCGGAAGCCGAGUGCAGAGCGUACACGGGGUAGCGGGUGCUGGAGCCGUGUGCCCGGACAUGGAGUACAUGAAGGAGCCGGUGGCCCCCAGCCCGGGGAACAUCCUGUGCUGCCAGUGUGGCAUCCCAAUCCCACCAAACCCUGCGAACAUGUGCGUGGCAUGUUUACGAAUUCAGGUGGAUAUCACAGAAGGAAUCCCCAAACAAGUCACUGUUCACUUCUGCAAACAGUGUGAGAGAUAUCUUCAGCCUCCAGGAACUUGGAUUCAGUGUGCCUUAGAAUCGAGAGAACUUCUUACUUUGUGUCUUAAAAAAAUCAAAGCUUCGCUUAGUAAGGUGCGGCUGAUUGAAGCAAGCUUUGUUUGGACUGAACCACAUUCCAGGAGACUUAAAAUAAAGCUGACAGUACAAAAAGAGGUGAUGAAUGGAGCAAUCCUUCAACAAGUGUUUGUGGUGGAGUAUGUUGUUCAGCCUCAAAUGUGUGAUGACUGUCAUAGAGUUGAAGCUAAGGAUUUCUGGAAAGCAGUGGUUCAAGUCAGACAAAAGACUCUGCACAAAAAGACUUUCUACUAUUUGGAACAAUUGAUUUUAAAACACAGGCUUCAUCAAAAUACUCUUCGGAUCAAAGAGAUUCAUGAUGGCCUGGAUUUCUAUUAUGGUUCAAAGCAACAUGCCCAGAAGAUGGUAGACUUUCUUCAGUGUACAGUUCCUUCCAGAUCAAAAUCAUCCCAGCGUUUGAUUUCUCAUGAUAUUCAUAGCAAUGCCUACAAUUACAAAAGCACUUUCUCUGUGGAGAUUGUUCCAAUAUGCAAGGACAAUGUUGUAUGUCUGUCUCCAAAAUUGGCACAGAGCCUUGGGAAUAUGAGCCAGAUUUGUGUGUGCAUCAGAGUAACAAGUACCAUCCACCUCAUUGAUCCCAACACUCUGCAAAUUGCUGACCUUGAUGGAAACACUUACUGGCGUCAUCCUUUCAAUAGCUUGUUCCAUCCAAAGCAGUUGGAGGAGUUCAUUGUAAUAGAUAUCACCAGGGUCCAAGAGAGAAAACAAGGUGCAGGUGCAGGGAUGAGAUCAAACAAACACACUCUUGCUGAAGCCUGGGUACAGAAAACCUCAGAGAUGAAUACAGAUAAUCAGUAUUUCUGCCGCACUCACUUGGGGCACCUUCUAAAUCCUGGAGACCUAGUCUUGGGAUUUGACUUGGCCAAUUGUAACCUCAACGACGAAUUUGCAAAUAAGAUGAACCCACACAACGUUCCUGAUGUGGUAUUAAUAAAGAAGAGUUAUGACCGCACUAAACGCCAGCGUCGUAGGAACUGGAAACUGAAAGAGCUGGAAAGGGACAGAGAAGGCAUGGAUACAGAUGAUGAAAGGCAGUACCAGGACUUCCUUGAAGAUCUUGAAGAAGAUGAGACAAUUAGAAAGAAUGUCAAUAUUUAUAAAGAUUCAAAAAUUCCAGUGGAAAGUGACACAGAUGAUGAAGGUGCUCCACGAAUCAGUCUGGCUGAGAUGCUCGAGGAGCUCCAUAUCUCCCAGGAUGCCACUGGUGGGGAGGGUUCUGAUAUGAUGACCCAAUAAGGAUAUGCAUUAGUAAAUGCAAUCAGUGUACUCUUGAGAAGAAAAACUAUCUCAUACAGAAGUAAAUGUAAUGAACUGUUAAACUAAUCAUAGACAUUCAUGUAGUCUUGUGAAUAUGAAAGGCUAUGCACGUAAACCCUUCUUACCCAUAAAUAAGAUUGUGUGCUACACAAACUGCUGAGGGGGAUCAGAUUUAGUAAAAUCAAAUUCCUGCUGAAGGUGUCACAACAUAAGGCCUGCAAAUUUUUCAGACAUUCUCCUGCAGCCUUCUCCCUAUAAUUUCUGCAAUGUGAGUGCAAGCUGAAACUGCAGGUGUAUUCCACAGGAUUGUCAUGUGGUUCAGAUGCAAGAUGAGUCAAAAGCAAUGGGAUCUGUUCCUGAUUCUGCCUGACUUUCUGUAGCUUCCUCUCCUAUAAAAGAGACCUUUGUCUUCUUCACAGGAGAGGAGUUAGACUAGAUUUGCUUGGAAAGUGCUUUAAGGUCUUUGAAUGGAAGAUGCUGAAUAAAUUCAUAUUACAAUAUUUCUGGUAAAUACAAGUACAUGGUUUGUUCCUCUAGUAAAGAAGCUAUACAUACAAGUGUGUGCAUAAAAAUCCUUACGUAAAAUAAUAUGUAAGUCAGGUGCCAGUACAGCCCUCUGAAUCACAAAGCAUGGCCACCCUUGCUCAUUGUGGGAUAUACUGCACUAUCCUAAAUUAACCCACUGAUACUGGCAUUUAACAUGAAUAAAUAUCUCCAAUUGUGAAUCUUACAUUUGAAACUGUUAGAACGCUGAACAUUUCUUUUUAGCCAAUAACUCAAUAUAUUAACAAAAUGUCUGUCAACUGUUACUGGCUUAAUUGUUAGAAGUUUUAAUACCAAAGAGGGCAUGGUCAAAAUGUGCAAUCGUUUUGGAACAACAGAAUAUUAAAUAUUGACAUCCUUCA